AUUUCAUCUCAUCUCAUCCCAAUCAUAAUCCAUAAGAACUACGAGACAACUAUCAAGAUCAAGAUCAUAUAUCAUUCCAUUCAAGUUUCAUUAUAAAUUUAUACUUUAUCUCAUUCUCAUCAAAAGAUUGUAAAACCACCAUAUAUAAAUGAUGUCGACUCCUUCUCAUUCACUUGAUUUAUUAACUUCCUCUUUUAUCCAUUCUACUAGUCAUCCAAUUCAUUCUAUCCCAAUCUCAUCUUCUUCUCCUACUCCAUCUUCUUCCAAUUCUGAUAUCUCAAUCUCUUCUAAACGUAAAAGAUUAGAUGAACUCGAACCAAAACCCAACAAAUCAUUUAAAUCAUUAAACAAUUAUGAUCAUCUACCAUUCGAUCCUUUUAACCCUCAUCCUGGCAUGACAAAAGAAGAACGUAAAAUGGCUAGAAUGAUUAGAAAUCGAACCGCUGCUCAAGCUUCUCGUGAUCGAAAGAAAGAACAUGUCACCGAAUUGGAGGCAAGGGUCAAAGAAUUAGAAUCUCAACUUCUUCAAUUCCAAUCUCAACCUUGUCCUCAUCAAUCUCAUCAUCAAUCUCACCCUGUCUCAUUAGAACCCUCACCAUCGAUUUUGAAUCAUUCAAUUUCGAAUCUGACUUUUGAUUUGGAUGUCUUCUCGACUCAUUCAUCCAAUCAAACACAUUCAAACUUAUCUGAUGCGAUCGAUCCUUCGAUCAUCCUUUCACCAUCUUCCAAGGAUUCUGUUCUUCCUUCAUCCGAUUCGACUGAUUCAAAAUCUAUCUCAUCUGCUCCUAGUCUUCCUACUACUUUAUCGCCUGCUCAAGCAGAAUAUCUCUCGACGGUCCGUAUUCAUCUUCUAGAGGAAGAGAAUGCUCAAUUGAAAGCUAGAUUAGCUUUCGAACUCAAGCGUUCAUCUGAACCAUCCACCUUUUCUGAACCGUUUACGAACAACAUCACCGAUCAUCAAGAACCCAUCAAUUCAAUCGUACCUCCGUCCAUCCCAAUCAAUUCUUCACCAUCCUCAUUAGCUCCUUUUGAGCUUGAUGAUGGACUUUUAGGUUUGAUCCUUAAAGAGGAAGAACUCGAAAACUUAUUAAACUCUGAACCUAAUUCAAGUCUCCCUUCUUCAAUGGAUUGGAAUUCGAUCUUAUUUCCCACCGAAUCCAAUCAAUCUUCUUCACCAUCUUCUUCAUCAAGAACACCCAAUGAACCUAAUCCGAAUCAUGAAUCAAUCUCAACCCAUCCGAGUUUUUUAGAUCCUACUUUAAUUAGUGGUGAGAAGAAAGCAGUGACUCCAUUACCUCUCCGUUCAAUUCGAUCCGAUCAAUUUGGCCCGGUUCUCACCGAUUGCCGCCUCGUAGCAAGCGAGGAGGAAGUUUCCCUGCAGCGGAUCAAUUGGAAUUUAAAGAACUGUGUGGCUCAAACGAACGAUCUGAAUUGGAUGUUGAUGUGGUCUUGGCUGGCCUGGAAUCUAUCUCAAAUCAAAACAAAGGAGAUGUUGGAUUUGAUUCUACCCUUCAGAAUUCAUUAUCAUCAUUUGGGUUUUUUGAAUCGUGUCAAAGACAUCAAACCAAAGAAGAAGAAGAAGAAGAACGAUCAGAAGAAAAAGAAGAAGAGAAUGGAUUUCAUAAGUUUUUUGAUUUGUUGGAUGAAGAGUUUUGAUUAGAAAAAUUGGAACCCAAACCGAAUUUGAAGGAUGUGGUUUCGAUUGGAUUGUGAUUUGGUUUGUUGUUGGCAAAAAAAAUAUUAGUGGAUUGAUUUUGAUUAUAGUUUUUAUUUUAUCUUUUUUUUAACUUAAAGAAAAGAAAAAUAACUUUGAAUUAUAAAUGAAACGAAACGAAAAAGAAAACCGUCGAGAGUUGUAAAAGCAUUUUUUGUGAUUUUUGUGAUUUUUGUUUUUUAUUUUCUCUUCUCUUCUCUUCUCUUCUCUCUAGCAUACGUACUUUUUUUUAUUACUUUUUUUUUUGAUAUAUUGAUAAAAAUUGAUUUUUUUUUUGUAUCUGGUUUUAUAUAUAAUGAAUGACAAAAAAAAACUUUAGAAAUCAUC